GCAGCUGCCCUGUCUGCUCAGGCUCGAAGUGUUCUGCCCAUGUUGGCCGCUGGCAACCCGGCAUUAGCUCGGUCACCAACAAUGGCGGUAGCCGGUGCUCCGAUCGUGAUGAGUCCCGGACGAGGAGCUGCUGGACAGCAGACUCAGAUGCUGGGUUUACAGUCACAGCUGGGCGCAGCCGUCGCUGUUAGCAAUAAUGCAGCUGCCGUAGCAGCGCAACAAGCGGCAAUACUACAGCAACAACAACAACAAGCAGCAGAAUAUCAACAGUUGCUCCUGAGCCAAGGCUUAUCUUACGAGAACUUGGCCAAUGUUGCUGCUUUGCAACAGUUUCAACAGGCUCAAGCUCAGCAGCAAGCUGCUGCACAGCAACAGUACAAUCUGUUAGGAGCACAAUACUCAGAUUAUGCUGGUGUAGACAUCGCUGCUGCUCAGACUGCUCCCGGUGCCAUGAUUAACCAACGUCGUGUCCUCGGCACAUCUCGUGACCAUCCCUACAAGCAGUAG